GGCCUUUUAUUGUUUUGUAAACACGAACCGGAAAAAGUUCUGCAGCGCGCGCUCGAUUAAGCACAAAAAUGAUAACUCUAGCGAUAUUCAAACCACACUGCCUUAAAAAUCCGAUUGCCUACGAAACUAUACAGCAAUUGCUCACGGCCAAUGGACUGAAGGUAGUGGCAAGGAAACGGAUAAGCCUUACGCGGCCUGAAGCCGAAAAUUUCUAUGCAGAGCACAGGAAUAAAUUCUUCUUCCGCCGUCUUGUAUCACUCAUGACCAGUGGGCCUACAGAAGUUGUGCUGCUGUCGGGGGCUGAUGCAAUUCAGAAGUGGCGCAAUUUGAUGGGACCUACCAAAGUGCUGAAGUCGGUAUACACUCAUCCGGAAUGUAUUCGCAGCUGUUUCGGCCUGUCGGAUACAAGAAACGCUACACAUGGCUCAGACUCGGAACAAUCCGUGAUCGCAGAGAAGCAAUUCUUCUUCGGAGAUAUCAAAGUAUAAAUGUUCGUUGACCUGAAGGAUUGUUUGAAUUGAGGUAUUCACAUGCAAUAUAAUUACUAUACCAGCUUAACAAACCAAAGCGUUUCCAUUACAAGGUACCCAAAGGAAAAGUGCCGGUUAAAUGCUGUGGUUAUGUAGUGGGAAACGGAGUACAUACUCCGUGCCAGAACAUCUUUAGCUGAGCGCAUUUGUUAAUAUAAAUAUAAUUCUGUAGCAUCGAAGACUACU